AUGGUGAUUAUCGGGGUUCUCACAUUUGUUUUAGUCUAUGUUAAUGAUAUUUUGAUUGGUGGUGAUAACAUAGAUGAAAUUCAAGCUCUAAAGGCUAUGUUGAAUGCUCAGUUCCAUAUCAAGGAUCUUGGAUUUCCAAAAUAUUUUCUUGGUAUUGAGAUUGCUCGUUCCUCACGUGGUAUUCUUCUUUGUCAAAAGAAGUACACCGUGGACAUUUUGACUGACAUGGGUAUGUUAGGUUGUCGGUCUACUCGCACACCUAUGGAACAAAAUCUCAAGUUGAGUGAUGUUGAGGGAAAUCCCUUGCCUGAUCCAAUCAUUUCUUGCCGGCUUAUAGGCCGCCUUAUUUAUUUGAUGAUUACAUGCCCAAAUAUUCUUUUUGCUGUGAAUAUCCUCAGUCAAUUUAUGCAGGCUCCAUGA